AUGUUGGAUAUAAACACAAAGGCAGAGUACAGUGAUGCCAUCACCGGCAUGGAGUUUCACACUCACAAGCCAUACGCGUCGUCCACGUUUAAAAAUAACGAUGAGAUCCGAAUACCGAUCAGUCAACAGGAUAUUAUUACAGCACCGUUUGAGAGUACAUUGCUCGUUAAGGGUACGGUUAAAAGUACAAAAACUGAUAGAACAGAGGCGCCGUGGCAUUUCGUGAAUAACGCGGUGGCGUUUUUCUUUGAUGAAAUACGCUAUGAGAUUGCGGGUAUUGAAGUGGAUAGGACAAAGAAUGUCGGUAUUACAACAACUAUGAAAAAUGUUCUUUCGAUCAGACCCCAUGAGGUGAAUAUGUUGAAGAAUGCCUGCUGGUUAGGCCCUGGCGAGAAAUUACAGUCCAAAGAGUUUUCAUUUUCCGUUCCACUACGUCUUUUACUCGGUUUUGCUGAGGACUACAGACGUGUAAUUGUAAAUAACAAACAGGAGUUGGUGCUUCUGCGCUCCGCUUCAGAUAAAAAUGCUGUAAUCAGUAAUGACGCGAGUGAUGUUUCUAUAACAAUUACAGGGGUGUACUGGCGUGUUCCUCAUGUGAACGUUUCCGACUCCUACCGACUUACUAUGUUGCGCAUGAUCGAAAAGGACACCACGGUCCAUAUACCUUUUAGGUCUUGGGAGCUUCACGAAUACCCGUCACUGCCACAAACUAAUAUACACUCGUGGACGGUUAAAACAUCAGCACAAUUGGAGAAACCUCGAUAUGUCAUUUUGGCAUUUCAGGAGGAUAGGAAAAAUCAAUACGCUAAAGACAUGUCCUCGUUUGACCACUGCGACUUGACAAACAUCAAGGUGUAUUUGAAUUCUCAAUAUUUCCCCUACGACAACAUUAACGGAGAUAAAACACUAUUUUACGAAAUGUUUUGUCGAUUUCUAGAAUCAUAUUAUGGUAGACAGUCUACCGGUCAAACCGCUGUCACAAUGGAAAAGUUCAACGCCAAUGUCCCGCUAUACGUAGUCGAUUGCUCCAAACAAAAUGAUGCAAUCAAGUCGGGACCUGUAGACGUGAGAGUGGAUUUUGAAACAAAGAACGCGGUUCCCGCCAGCACUACAGCAUACUGUCUCUUAAUACACGAUAGUCACAUGACCUAUAAGUUACUCACCGGUUCUGAGGAUUCGGAGGAAGAGGCGGAGGCGGAGGCGGAGGCUGAGGCGGAGGCGGAGGCGGAGGUGGAGACGGAGGCGGAGGCGGAGGCGGAGGCGGAGGCGGAGGCGGAGGCAGAUGAGGGUCUCAGUCGUUAA